GACAUCGUUGACCUGACAAUCGGUGUGCGCUGCUACUACUAAUCAGCGUCAGCGAAUGUCAGACAGUCAGUCACCUUUCUUGUUUUGUUUCGAGUUUCUCUUUUUAUUUUAGAAAUAAUUUCUUUGAAAUAAAUAAUUUGCCACAGUGGUAGGCAUAACAGGCAAAUAAAAGACAAACGACGUCUGUAUUGUUGUAGUUGGGGUCAGUUUAUGAUUCCGGUGACAUAUCUAAGUGAUGGUUUUAUGAUACGAAAAUUGUUCAGAAAUAAACGUAUGGAAUAUGGAGGAAGAAGUUUGGGAUGAUCUGUCCAAUAUACCUGCUGAUCCUCCAAUGAUGCGAGACCUGUGUAAACAAUGCGAGCGACCAACUGUUGUUUGCUGGUGUUCAGCUUUACCGCCACAAAGAUUGAAUCCAAGGAGUAGAAUUGUACUCUUACAACAUCCAGCUGAAGAGAAACGGUGUUUGCGCACCGCUCCUAUGCUUAAAUUGGGUUUGUCUGAAAACAAGUGCCUUAUAUACAAAGGGAAAAAGUUUCCACAACCAAGACAUGAAUACUUAGAGGAUAUCAUUAAUCAACCAAAUACUCUUUUAUUAUACCCAAGUAAAACAGCAGUUGACAUAAAAUGUUUGGAAAACAAUUUGGAAUCCUAUAAUUUAAUUUUGAUAGAUGGAACAUGGCCACAGGCAAAAGGAAUAUAUGCCUCAAGUCCAAGUCUUCAUAAUAUAAAGCAAGUUAAGUUGUUGACUAGUACCAUAAGCAGUUAUAUAAUAAGAACCCAGCCAACAGAAGGUUGUCUAAGUACACUAGAGACAGCAGCAGAGGCUCUGUCACAGCUAGAGGGGAAUCCUAUAUAUCGAGAUCAGUUGGUGCAACCUUUACAUAAAUUGUGCAAAUAUCAACUUGAUAAUGGUGCUGUUACACAUCAAUCUAAAGAGUUUCUUAUAAAAACAAAAAUGUAUCCCAAGUUGAUUGGGAAGAGGUUAUCAAGACUGUUGCGAUCUACAAAUGAAAUUAGUGUGAAUCUGAAUUAAAAGCCACAAUUUUGGGAAAUAACAAUAUUCCACCUGUAAUUUUCAAUAUUUUCUGCCUACAAGAUGAAAUAAACUUGUAUACAUGAAAUAUAAAUUUUGUUGGACUAGACUUUUCCCUAUGCAUAGAAAAGAACCUACAGAAAUCAUAAUAAAAUCCUGUACUAUUCAACUGUUGUCAAAACAA